AAUGGCUGACACUGGGCCGAUAAGUGUACAUUGACUGAGGGGACUCAUCAACAACACCGAAACGACUUAUUUGUAUUUAUUGAGACACAGUCUUCUCCUGGCUCUUAGAAUGAGCCGUUGACCAUAAAGUGUUACGAUAAUUUCUCAAAAACUCACUGAGGUGCGGCGCGGAGGAGGACAUGGCGACAGGGGGCACUCCCUUUGACGACUGCGCAGAGGAUCAGGAGCUGCACAACUGGACCGUUACCAAUGGCAGCAGCCUAGAGGACAGGCUCAACAACAUGGACUGGGGCAUCCAGCAGAAGAAGGCGAACCGCUCGACGGAGAAGAACCGGAAGAAAUUCUCAGCCGGCGGCGUGGCGGAGAGCCGGCUGACCAAUGACAUCUCCCCGGAGUCCACACCUGGCACGGGGCGGAGAAGGACAAACACCCCUCACUCCUUCCCCCACGUCAAGUACACCACCCAGAUGUCGGUGCCUGACCAGGCCGAGCUGGACCGUCUCCGGCAGAGGAUCAACUUCACUGAUCUAGACGAGAGGAGCGUGGGCAGCGACUCCCAGGGUCGUGUCACAGCAGCCAACAAUCAGCGAGAGCUGGCGGCGGAAAACAAAAAGCCCUUCAAAUUCCUGCCGCUGCACGUCAACACCAACAAGAGCCGGGAGGCGCCCUCCGCCUCGGCCCCCGCAACCCCCUCCGUCGCCGCCACAGCCAAGAAGCAGAGCCCUGGCCUGGGUCUUGGUCUCAGGGAAGCGUUCACCCCCUCCCUGCCCAGCAAUGACACCCCCAGGCUAGGUAGAAGGGCCGAGAGAGGGCUCCUUCCCUCUAGGGAGGAUGGGAGAGGAGAGCUCAGCAUCGACAGUAGCCAGGUGGUGAGCAAGUUAGUUCAGAUCCGGGAGUAUAUCGGCAAAGCCAGCUCCAUGAGGGAUGACCUGGUGGAGAAGAACGACAUCCCGGCCAACGUGGAGCGCCUCACCCACCUCAUCGCCCACCUCAAGGAGCAGGAGAGGUCCUACCUCCGCUUCCUGCAGAAGAUGCUGGCGAGGGAGAAUGAGGAGGAGGAGGCGGGAACACUGGACUCGGCCGUGGGUUCAGGCUCAUUGCCAGAGAGCACCACCCUCAACAUCGAGGUGCGCUCCUCGGACGCCUCCAAUGCCACCGGCCGUAUUGCAGGCCGCAGUGACCAGAAGGAGGAGCUGGAGAACUUGAAGAAGCAGCAUGAGCUCCUGAAGAAGAUGCUGGAGCAGCAGGAGCAGCUCAGGACUCUACAGGGCCGUCAGGCAGCACUACUGACCAUGCAGCACAGCUCCCAGCAAGCCACACAAACCAUGGCUGACACCGUGCCGACAGAGAACACAGGCAGUGUGUCAGGGCUGAGCAUCACCUCGGAGCUGAACGAUGAGCUGAACGACCUCAUUCAACGCUUCCACAACCAGCUGCACGACUCCCAGACCAAGGCAGCCGUUCCAGACAACCGCAGACAAGCCGCGAGCCUCUCCCUCUCCCGGGAAGUCUGCCGCUCUCGCUCCUCCCAGCCUUCCCCUCCUUCCCGCACUGCCUCCUCCUUCCUCCAUCCCAGCCCUCUCACCUCCCUGACCUCCAUCAACCCCACGUCGGCCUCGGCGGCGAGCGCCAAGCUGACCAAGUUGCAGGAGCUGCAGGACAAGAAGCAGACCAUGGACAAGAUCCUGCAGGAGCUGCACUCACUCCGUGACCAGACCCUCAACAACAACUCCUGUCGCGGUGGCAGUGUGUCCCUGUCCUCUCAGCGUAGCCUGGCUCUGGGCGUGGGCCCCUCGGACCGCCCCUCUGGCCUGUAUCGGGAGCCCAACGGGGCCUCAGCCAUGAGACGGGACCCCUCCACCUACCACCCCUCCACACACACCCAGCAACCCCAGCAUGAGGACGCUCCAGCAGACAAACUCCGCAAGCUGAAGGAGGUGCACAAGCGUCUGAAUGAGCUGCGUGAGCUGGUGCAGUACUACGAGCAGACAUCAGACAUGAUGGUGGACACAGUCAAUGAGAACGUGAAGGAGGAAGAGGAGGAGGAGGAGGAGACUGAGGAGGACGGCUCCAUGCUGGAGACCAUGUUCGACUCGGAGCAGGAGAACCGCCGGCCCCCCAUCACCAACAUCAGAAACCCACAGCAUUCUGGGAACUGGACAGAAAUGAACAGUCUGACCAACGGCCGAGGAGGCGGCAGCACCAACAACCAUGUUGACGGGAGGCUCAACACCGAGUGUGAGAUCAACAACCGCUCUGCAGCAGCCAACCUCCGCAGCCUCAACAUCCCCUCAGCCAUAGAGUGCCAGUACAACCGCCCCUACAACCAGGUCAAGGACGACGAUGAUGACGAUGCCCUGGAGGAUGAAGAGGAGGUGCGGGGGGCCCGGGACAGCGAGGGCUCGGGGUCGAGCAGAAGGAGCAGCCUGGAGAACGAGGACGCAGACUUCGCCCACAAAGUCCACCGGCUGCAGACCGCCAAGGAGAAACUACGGCAGCUCCAGGAGCUGGUGGCCAUGGUGCAGAGUGAUGAUACAGAUGCCACCACAGCCGACGAGGGUCUCCACCAGCAGCCCAACAACACCAGAGGUGCUGCUGCUGGCUCCUCCUCCACAGGCAAGAGCCCCAGAGACCUAACCCUCACAGACAAGGCCAGGGAGAAGCUGUAUGAGGAGAAGCUUUGUCAGCAGCAGCAGGAGUUGCAGCAGCUUCACGAGGAACGCCAGCGGCUGAUGGAGAUCCAGGACAAGAUCCAGGACCUGCAGUGGGCCUGCCCCGAUCUGCAGUCGUCAGUGUCCAGCAGCACAGUGAGCCAACAGGCCCUGAUGAGGAAGCCCCCAGCUGCAACUUCCACCCCGGCCCCUCCCCCUGCUCCGGCUGCAGCCCCCAAAGCCAAUGCUUCUCCUGCUGCCACCGCUGUGCUCAAACCCACAGCCCAGGCUGCUGCUAAUGCCUCUGUCACCGACAACGAGCAGCUGUGGUGUGAGAUGCGGCGCCACCAGAUCCUGCGGGAGGAGCUGCGGCAGCGGAGGAAGCACCUGGAGUCCCUGAUGGCCGAGCACCAGAGGAGGAGCGGCCUCAGCGACUCCCCCUACAAGAUGGAGGACCCAGAGGGACACGCCACCUCACAGCCACUUAGCAGGGACGAGAGGACCAUGGCCACGUGGGGCGGCUCCACCCCCUGUCAGCUAGACGAGGACGGCUACCCCUCUGAGAUGGGUGCUGAGGAGGAGGAGGAAGAAGAAGAGGACGGCGCAGAGUCCAGCUCCAGUGAUGACCUGCAUCUCUACUCCACUAGGAAGCAGAGAUCCUACAGCAAUAGGAAGACACUGGGCAGCAAUGUUCUGAAGCCACCCCAACAAUUUGCAUCUGUAGCUAGUGGACGACCCUCUACCCGUUCUCGAGCCAAACAACAACAACAACAGUCCCAAGCCCAUUGCGGCAUCGGGAGUGCGAGGCGCCAGGAGAACCUGCGUUGGGCGGCUGAGCUGUCAUUCCAGGAGGGUUCUGGCACUGGGUCUGCGUUAGCAUCACACCACUGGCAGGAGCAGGUGGGCACACUACAGAGGCAGCUGGACUUCAGCACCAGCAUGUGUCAGACCCUACUGCAGGACCAGCAGACGUUGUCCUACAUGCUCCAGACCCUGCUGACAGGACCGUACAACGCGCUGCCCAACAACCUGUCCUCCCCCCAGGUCCACCUGGUCAUGCACCAGCUCAGCCAGUGUUACACACAGCUGGCCUGGCAGCAGAACAAUGCCGAAAGACUGAAACUGGUGCUGAGCGACCUGCUUCGUCAACAACAACAACAGCAGCCGCCGCCCUCCUCGUCGUCAGGUCAGCAGGCCCAGAACCAGGGUUCCACGUCCCGGGACUCCGGCAGUGCCUGUCCCCCCUUCUCCCCCACCAGUCUCUUUCUCCCCUUCAUCUCCUCCAUGCCCCCCUCCCUGAACCUGCCUCCCGGCCUGGCCAGAUUCUCACCCCUCUCCUCCGGGUUUAACUUCAACCCCAUGUUCCCUUCUGCUAUGGGGGAGUUCCCUCAGAGUGCUGGUGGCCAAGUCAGCCCAGACAACCACCAGCAGCAGCUGGAUCCCAACACCUCAGUCAAGACAGAGUACUUGAGCUUCCCCCCGCCCCUACAAUGCUCCCCACUCAACACUAUAGACAAAAGGCCCCAGAGGCAGAAUGAAGGAACCGGCAGUCGUGGCCAUGAAUCUGGCUGGCUCAACGUCUCCCAGCCUCCAGCUCCUAUCACUGAAUCCCCCUCCCCUCUACCCCAUAGAGGGGCUAACAACACCCGGCCCCAGGCCUUCGACCAGGCCUUCCAGGAGAGCUCCAGCAGCAUGCCGGACCCGGCUGACCCCACCAUCAUCACCAAGGCCUUCAGGGCAGGGCGUAAGGCCUCUGCCCAGGCAAGCCUGGCCUCCCGCGACAAGACGCCCAACUCCAAGAGGAGGACCCGGCUGGCCAAGGGACACCACAAGAACACUGGAGUGGAGAGUGACAGCGUGUCCAGCACGGCCGACUUUGUCCAGAAGAGGGUGCCGCAGCCCCAUCGCCAGCGGGACCAGAACCAGAGCCUGCUUGACAAACUGACCCAGGAGAAACUGGACACCAAGACGGGCAACAAGCCCAACGACCUCUCCUCCGCCUAUGCUUGGAGAACACCUUUCCUCUCUAACAGAAUUGCAUGCACUGAAGUGCCAGAUGCCAGCAGUGACUUCUCCCUGUUCGAGGCCCUGAGGGAGACCAUCUACUCGGAGGUGGCCACGCUCAUCUCCCAGAACGAGUCGCGGCCCCACUUCCUCAUCGAGCUCUUCCACGAGCUGCAGCUGCUCAACACUGACUACCUGCGCCAGAGGGCACUCUACACCCUACAGGACAUAGUGACCAGGCACCUGACGGAGAAGAGUGCGGCCGAGUACCAGGCCUCCACCCUGGGCCCUGUGGCCUGGGCAGCCGGCUCCCAGUCAGAGCUCACCCCCAGCGAGAGCCUGGCCACCAGCGACGGGGAUGUGUCGGAGAAGAACAUCCGGGUCAUCAAGCAUCAUGUCCCGAGUAAGAGGCUGAACGACGCAGAAUCGGUAGACAACGAGAGCACCCUGUCCACCACCUCCAACCUGGAGCCGUUCGCUAACGACGACUUAGGUAACACAGUGAUCCACUUAGACAAGGCUCUAGCCAGGAUGAGGGAGUACGAGCGCAUGAAGCUCAAGGCUGAGUUUAGCCCCAACACCACCGCUGCUACCGCCUCUGAGGCCUCUGCUAACUCUUCUGCUAGCGCUGCUCAGCUGCUGGAAGGUGCGGGAGUCUGGUCAGGUGAUGUCCACUGUCCCCAGAUCGACACCCAGCAGCUGGACAGACAGAUUAAGGCCAUAAUGACCGAAGUCAUCCCCUUCCUCAAGGAGCACAUGGACGAGGUGUGUUCCAACCAGCUGCUGACGUCGGUGCGGCGCAUGGUGCUCACCCUCACCCAGCAGAACGACGAGAGCAAGGAGUUUGUCCGCUUCUUCCACCGACAGCUGGGAGGCAUACUGCAGGACUCUCUGAGUAAGUUUGCAGGACGUACUCUAAAGGACUGUGGCGAGGACCUGCUUGUGGAGAUCUCUGAGAUCCUGUUUAACGAGCUGGCCUUCUUCAGACUCAUGCAAGACCUGGACAGCAACAGCAGUAGUACUGCUACUAUAGCUAACUCCCAGGCCAGGCACAAGACCCACAAGAGACCUGAUAAUAACCAAGUCAAGCAGGAACACAGGAAUAAUGAGGAGAACAAGUCUCCGGAGGUCGAGAAGUCCUUUCCCCCAGCAUAUCUCGAUGAAGACAAAGAUGAAGAUGAGACGGAGCAGAAAGAGACCGAGAGGGAGCAGCACGGAGGAGAGGGGAAGGACAGCAGGAGCAGUGAGACCUCUGAGAUGGAGGAGGAAGAGGGGGCUAGAGAGGGACUGCUUCACUCUAUUAGUCUGUCCAAGGCGGAGACCCAGGCCCUGACUAACUACGGCAGUGGGGAGGAUGAGAACGAGGUGGAGAUGGAGGAGUUUGAAGCUGAGCCCCAGGACGUCCAGACCUCCCUGCAGGCUAGCAAUGAUGGCGGAGAGCAACGGGAAGCAGCAAAUGAAGCCCCAUCAAAUGGAAACCGAGAGACGAAGUCUGACCAAGAAAGCUCUGGGAGUAACGAUGUCAAGAGCAGUAAGUCCGAGUCCAUCGAGGUGGUGGACUCCCCAGAGGGUGAGGGUGUGGAGCACGGGAGGCCGGAGGGGGAGAACCAGGGAGGUGCAGCCUCAGACACCACCAGCAACCAGGAGGGCUCCCACUCACAGGGCUCAAACAGCAGCAGUAGCCCUGACACCGAGUCACCUGUCAUGCUCAACAUAGAUGAGGUGGGAUCAGGAAACAUGAGCCAAAAGUCAGAUGAGGAAGACUUUGUGAAAGUGGAGGACUUACCCAUGCAGCUGAGUGUCAUAUGUGAGGAGGCGCUCCAGAAGAGGGUAGUUGAGGAACAGCAGAAUAAUAAUCUGUCUGCUGAGAUCCUCAAUGGGAACACUGACACUAGUGGACUAGUGGGCAAUGGACACACACUCAAAGAACCAGAAAUGAUAGGUGCACAAAGUGCAUAAAAAGACCGUCUUGUACAAACAUUGUCAAAUGACCACUACAGAAUAAUCCUAAAGAUGUUCAGACUCCUAUUGGUACUUAAUGAUUGGAUGGUAGCAAGGGGUGGCGAGACAAUGUCAUGACGUGCCAGUGACUAAGCUUCGCUCGAAACCAUUUGACCAACUACAACGGUUAAAAACAACUACAACUGUAAUGUAAUCAACACUGUUUUGUUUAUUUCUACUCCUGAGGCUGUAUCUAUUAAGCACAUCAGAGUAGGAGUGCUGAAGAUCAGUUUGGUAUUUUUGAUCAUCAUACAUACUGAUUGUAUGGACAAGUUGGACCUGAUCCUAGAUCAGUACCCAUGCUCUGAGACACUUGAUACAUACAGCCCCUGAUUACUGAAUGUGUUCUUUGAUUUGGGGAUUUAGGGUGGGGUCUCUCUCUCACUCUGCUGCUGUGUUACGUAUACAAUUUCGUUUGAAUCCUCUAGUCUAGCAAACUUGUUGAAAAUCGCCUUAGUUCUGUUUUUUUGCGGAUAUGGGAUCAGUUUGGAAUCGGUUUGUCAUUUUGAAUAAUUUAAUUUGUUCAUCUUCUUGGCCUUGUCUUAUUCUCUCUUGCUAGCGCCCAUGCUAUUCAAGCAUCUGACCUUUUUGAACUCUUAACUACAACACUAAUGAACUACAAGUACGACUUCAAACUAGAUUCAGGCUGCUGGUGAGUCAUUGCCUCACCUUUGGCUGUAAAGACUACAUUGACACCUAACAUCUUUUCCCUUAUGUCAUGGGGCUGUCGUCGCCUUUUACUGCACUCUUAAUGUUACCUUUUCCCUUCCAAAUCUUAGUUUGACCUUUUUUGUAGGCAUGUUGACUUUUUGUUUUCUCGGGGCAGUUUCCCAUGUCAUUAAAGAUAACUACUGUAUGUAGUUUUAAAGAAUAAAAUGAUGGAACUUUUCAAAGCGGUUGCUUGUCUUUGGGUUUAACAAGUGUAGUUUACUGGAAGGCUAAGACCUAAAAUCAGAUUACUUGAAUGCAAACUAUGAACUGAUUGAUCAAUGCUUUCAUGAGCCCAGUUUAUACCUGGUGCUGACAUGUGUCCUGGGCACUUUCUCAAUUGUGUAAAAAUCUGUCCUCUACUCUGUGACCUGUAAAUAGAUUUGGUAAAUGGAGGCGUUUCCUCACCAAUCAUUCCCUACCGUGGUAGAAAGGCUCUAUCGUUUAAUAUAAAUUACAGGCUAAUACAUGUUAAUUUGGAACGAAGCGUGAAUGGCUAAAUGUUUUCUAAAUAUUAAGGUGCCAUUUAACUCUUUACACUUGUGGGAAUUGGCCUAUUGAAAUGUUUAUCAAAGGCAUAUGCAUGGAACCGUGUGUAAAUUAUUAGACCAAAGGGGAGUACACAAGUUCAACUGAAUCCACAUUUUACACAUGAUUUGCAUUUGAGCUUUGUGUACAUUUUGAUAAUAAAUAAAUAAAACUCCAGAUACAUCCAG